GUCGAAACCACAGCCACACAGGCAGCCGGUGCUGGGCCUCGGCACUCGGCAGCCAUGGUUCGCCUUGCGAAGUUCUAUCUCGUCUGCUACAACUCCCUCCAAUCGCUCGGAUGGUUCGUCUCCCUCCUCCGCCUCCUGCCCUGCCUCGUCCCUCCCUUCCCUGUCCACUCCGCGUACGUGGUCGCCGGCGACCUCAUCUGUUUCCUACAGACAUGUGCGAUCCUUGAAACGGUCCACGCUGCCAUCGGAUUGGUGCCGACCGCGCCACUUCUUGCUUUCUUGCAAUGGGGAGGGAGGAUCCACUUCAUCCUGGCUGUUGUCCGGCAAAUUCCCGAGGUUCAGAGCAGUCCAUCUGUGUUCAUAACAUUUAUAGCUUGGAGCAUAUCUGAGGUCAUCCGUUACUCUCACUAUGCUCUGACUACCUUAAAAGUUUGUCCAGCAUGGCUGACUUAUCUCAGGUACACUGCUUUUAUCCCGCUGUAUCCAAUCGGGGUUGGCCCAGGAGAAAUGUGGACAAUGUACCAAGCCCUCCCGUUUGUGAAGAAGAGGGACCUUUACUCAGGUUUCUUCGAGAAGUUCUCCAUGAGCUACCGUUCCUUUCUAGUGGGUGUGCUGGUGCUCUACCCGUUCCUGUGGCUGAAGCUGUACCAGCACGUGUUCAAGCAGCGCAAGUCCAAGCUGGGGAAGGGGAGCAGGAAGAAACGGGCCUGAGAAAAUCUGGCUCUGCUCAGCUCAGCUGCCACUUGUUGCUGUCAUGUGAAACGCUAACGGGUCAUUGUGGAUUUUUGUUUUGGAAGAAAAUCUUUGUGAGUUGUUGUCUGAUGCGACGGGGGCAGUUAUUGGAUUACGCUUUGGGUUCUCUGUUUGUUUCAAUUGCUCUGCGUUUUAUGUCUGUAUUAACAUACAUCAAGCAUAUAUAAUAGUCAUGUUGCUGCUGCGAGUCUAAUC